AUGACAGAAGCAAGAGGAUGCUUGAUACCUGAAGAACGAGAGGAGCAGGUUGGGUGGGAGGUGAACCGGGUGGAGAAGGAUGCGAAGUAUCUGUAUGAGAUGUGGGCAUACAUUGGUCAAUAUAGAGCAAAGGAGAGGAGUGGGAAGGCAAUUUAUGUGGGUAGAGGCAUGAAUAAGAGCAUAAGACCAGAAAAUGUUUGUUCACAACUGCGGAAUGCUUUUGUGUAUGAUGCCAUGUUGGAAGCAGCAAAACAUGGAAAUGUUGAGUUCAUAAAUGCUAUGUGGGAGGCUAACCAUGACCUCUUAUGGGCAAUGGACGAUCAUGGAAGAGACAUACUUUCGUAUGCGGUUCUUCAUCGCAAACGCAAUGUCUUCCAACUCAUGCUUACCCUCUGUGGAAAUAAGGAUAUAAUUAACUAUUCAACAGACAUGUUUGGUAAUAACUUAUUGCACUUGGCGGCACAUUUAGGACCUUUGUCUGAUAUGAAUAGCAGACCCACUGGUGCUUGGCAAAUGAAAAGAGAAAUUGAAUGGUUUAAGGCGGUGGAGGAAGUUGUGCAUGUCAAAUGUAGAGAAGCCAAAAACGAUGAAGGUAAGAAGCCUAAAGAUAUAUUUAUUGAAACGCACAAGGAGCUGAUGAAAGAUGGAGAAAAAUGGAUAAAGGAAACAGCUGGGACAUUUGCAAUUGUAGGUGUUCUCGUUAUAACUGUCAUGUUCACUGCAAUAUUCACAGUCCCAGGGGGUCUCCAUCAAGACACUGGAAUGCCGAUUCUGAUAAAGGAAAAACGGUUUAUUGUGUUUAUUGUAGCUGAUGUAAUCUCUCUCUUGACUUCUAUCAGUACAGUAUGGAUAUACAUUAAGCUUAUAGCAUCGCGUUAUGCUCCAAUAGACUUCCUAGAAAUAUUGCCCGCCAUGAUAAUGUCAGCGAUUAACUUCCUUUCCCUGUCCCUAGUGUCCAUGAUGAUUGCCUUCUGUGCUGCGCUUGGAAUAGUUCUACAAAAUUCAUGGUCGUACAAGGACUUUUUUGUAGGAAUCGUCGUAUUGACACUCAUUCCCUUCGUGCUUCCUUUUUGGACUUUAGACCAUACAUCAUCCUCACCGUUCACCAAAAGUCAAACUUCAUGGAAAGAAGACUUCGUAAUCUGUUGA